AUGAGCUCCGCUUCUCAAGAAGUCGAUGCCAUCAACAUCGGCUUCAACAAUUUCCCGGUCAUGCACCCCAGGUUGUGGACAUUGCUUGUCCACGGGACCAAUAUGGAAGGAGGGCUUCUCAACAUGCUUGGUGGAGGAACUUAG